CAGAAACUGUCCAUUAUGGUAGUAACAUCAGGAAGAAGGAAUGGUGAAGCGAAAGGGAUGGUAGUGACCCUAUGAUUGUGACGGCAGUUUGACAGAAUCGUCGGCGACCCCCUCAACUUCCAACGUCGUCUACAGUUUCGUCAACGAUUGGUCGUCGUUGCCAUACCAAAUAACACGAAUUAGAUGACCGGUGGCGCCGGUUAACCAGUCAUCCUGUCUCCAUUCACCUCUGCGGUGGGGGUUCUCGCAUUUAUGAACAAUACCUGGAGUUCAUUGAAGCAUAAUGCAUAAACAUACAGCCACUCCCUAAUACCUCAAACCCACACCAAUCAUGGCUCAAGUACCAAAGUUUGGGAACUGGGAAAACGAAGAAGAUGUUCCUUACACUGCUUAUUUCGAGAAAGCAAAGAAAGCUCGUAAAACCAAAGCACAGUUUCCUGUUCCUUCGAACGACGAACAUCCAUUUCAGGCUCCAGAAGAAGCUGACAUCAAACAUGGCGAUUCAACAAAAUCUGAACCAGAGAGACGGAAUACAUCAAGAACAGAAGAGGAGAGUCGUGUGAGCCAGGAAGAAGUUAACAUGAAGAAGUCGAGUGAUUCUCUUCCAAACCCUAGACGGACUUCAAGACAGAGUGGUGGUGGUUCUGAUCGGAGCUUUGAUAACUCACCAAUGCACUCACAUACUCCGGCAAGAUCUGGGAACAAAGAUCCAGAGUGA